AUGUCGACCGACGCCGAAGAAGCGGGAAGGCGGCGCACGGCGGUCGCCGAGUACAGGAAGAAGCUCCUCCAGCACAAGGAACUCGAAUCUAGAGUCCGCGCAGUGAGAGAGAGUCUGCGAGCUUCAAAGAAGGAAUUUGCCAAAACUGAGGACGAUCUGAAGUCACUACAGAGUGUUGGACAGAUCAUCGGUGAAGUGCUCAGGCCACUUGACAAUGAACGCAUGAUAGUUAAAGCAAGCAGUGGCCCAAGGUAUGUGGUUGGCUGCCGAAAUAAGGUAGACAAAGAAAAACUUACUGCGGGGACGAGGGUAGUUCUUGAUAUGACUACUCUGACAAUCAUGAGGGCUCUUCCCCGUGAAGUUGAUCCAGUUGUAUAUAACAUGCUCCAUGAAGACCCAGGCAAUGUUAGCUACUCAGCUGUUGGAGGGUUGGGAGAUCAAAUUCGAGAGCUCAGGGAAUCUAUAGAACUUCCCCUCAUGAAUCCUGAACUCUUCUUGAGAGUUGGUAUUAAGCCUCCAAAGGGUGUUCUCCUUUAUGGACCUCCUGGAACUGGGAAGACAUUGUUAGCCAGGGCAAUUGCCAGCAACAUCGAUGCGAACUUCUUGAAGGUUGUUUCUAGUGCUAUAAUUGACAAGUACAUUGGGGAAAGUGCAAGGUUGAUUCGUGAGAUGUUUGGUUAUGCUCGUGAUCAUCAACCAUGCAUCAUAUUUAUGGAUGAGAUCGAUGCCAUUGGUGGACGUCGUUUCAGCGAGGGAACAAGUGCUGACCGUGAAAUUCAAAGAACCCUUAUGGAGCUGCUUAAUCAAUUAGAUGGGUUCGACCAACUGGGGAAGGUUAAAAUGAUAAUGGCCACCAACAGGCCAGAUGUUUUGGACCCUGCUCUUCUUCGUCCAGGCCGUCUAGACAGAAAGAUUGAGAUUCCAUUGCCAAAUGAGCAGUCAAGGAUGGAAAUUCUGAAAAUCCAUGCUGCCGGCAUUGCCAAGCAUGGUGAAAUCGACUAUGAAGCCGUCGUGAAACUAGCUGAGGGGUUCAAUGGUGCUGAUCUCCGUAACGUAUGUACUGAAGCUGGGAUGUCUGCAAUCCGUGCAGAACGUGAUUAUGUCAUCCAUGAAGAUUUCAUGAAGGCUGUGAGGAAGUUGAAUGAAGCCAAGAAACUUGAAUCAAGUGCUCACUACAAUGCUGAUUUUGGAAAGGAGUAA